CCCCCUUUCCCAGUCUCCAGAUGAUGCCUCCCCCUUGUGCUGCAUGCAGACCCUAGUUCUGCACCUCUGCAGAGAAGGGAGGGAGGGGAAGCAGGGCUUUUAUUACACUACAAUGUCUCUUAUUUAUUAGGGGAUCUCCGAUUUGGAUCCAGAAGAUUUCCACAAGUGCUUCCUAUUUUGGAUUUGUAUCAUUAUUUAUUUUUUAUCCCCCCCCCCUCCUCCUCAAAUGGCAUUACUACACCCCAGACACUGGAUUACACUGUUGUAUUAGGAACAUCAUCUGGAUUGCUUUCUGGACUCGAUACCUGGAGGACUAUCGAAGUAUUUGGUUUAAAAAAUGGAGAAUGAUCUAUUCACUCCACUCCUGGAAAAUUUCAUGAGCAGUGCUCUAGUGAGCUGGAUCAAGACUUUUGGAGCUUUGGUCAAAGGAAAUGGGACUCUGCUGGAUGAAUAUGUGGCUUUAGUGGACGGCGUUUUCCUCAAUGAGGUCAUGUUUCAAAUAAACUCCAAAGCAGAUAAUCAAAAAAUUUACAAAAAGAUCAAUAAUGAUGCUUCACUCAGAAUACAAAACCUAUCCGUCCUGGUAAAACAAAUCAAGUCUUACUAUCAGGAAUCCUUACAGCAGUUGGUCAUGAUGACUUUGCCGAAUGUUUUAAUUAUUGGCAAAACUCCAUUUUCUGAGAAAGGUACUGAAGAGAUGAAAAAGAUGCUUCUGCUUUUGUUGGGAUGUGCAGUGCAGUGUGAAAGAAAAGAGGAAUUUAUUGAUAAAAUUCAGGAUUUGGAUUUCGACACUAAGGCGGCUGUGGCGGCUCAUAUCCAGGAGGUUACCCAUAAUCAAGAGAAUGUAUUUGAUCUGCAAUUAUUGGAGCCGGUUGAUCUGUCCCCCGAUGAUCUGGAAUCUCUAUUGAAGAAUACAUUAUUCCACUUAAAGAGGCUAGUAGAUGAACGAGAUGAACAAUCCGAGACAAUUAUCGAGCUGACAGAAGAAAGGGACUCCCUUCACUUCACACCUCUGCAGCCAUCAGCACAUUCUCCCUGUGGAUCCCCGAGCAUGAGGAGGACGGAGAGCAGACAGCACCUAUCAGUGGAGCUCGCAGAAGCCAAGGCGAAAAUAAGGGGGCUGAGGCAGGAGCUGGAAGAAAAGACUGAACAGUUUCUGGAUAGUAAACAAGAGGUCGCACAGCUGGAAGCUGAACUCAAAAGACUGCAGCAAGAGAACAUAAAACUUCUGACUGACGCUAGAUCUGCUCGACUGUAUAGAGAUGAGCUGGAUGCACUCAGGGAAAAGGCGAUCCGAGUUGACAAGCUUGAAAGCGAAGUGAGCCGAUACAAAGAGCGAUUGCAUGACAUUGAGUUUUACAAGGCCAGGGUAGAGGAAUUAAAAGAAGACAAUCAAGUACUUCUGGAAACAAAGAACAUGUUGGAAGACCAACUAGAAGGAGCUCGUUCCCGCUCAGAUAAACUACAUGAGAUGGAGAAAGAGAAUAUACAGAUGAAAGCUAGGUUCCAUGAUUUGGAGAUGGAGCGUGACUUGGACAGGAAGAAGGUUGAGGAGCUAAUGGAGGAAAACAUGUCUUUGGAAAUGGCUCAGAAGCAAAGCAUGGAUGAAUCCCUACAUCUUGGCUGGGAACUGGAGCAGCUAUCCAAAACCAGUGAUCUUCCAGAAACACCUCAGAAAUCUCUGGGGCAUGAAGUAAAUGAGCUGACCUCCAGUCGCCUGCUGAAGCUAGAGAUGGAGAACCAAACAUUGUUGACUACUGUAGAGGAGUUGAAGAAUGCUAUGGGUCCAACAGAAGGUGCUAAUGCCAAAAUUCUGAAAAUUGAAAAAGAAAACCAAAGACUAUGCAAAAAGCUUGAGAAAAUAGAAGCUGAAUUAAAUCACGAGAGGCAAACCAUCGAGAGCAGCCAACAUCUAAGCAAUGACCUCAUGAAAGAGAAGUCACAGCUGGAGAAGAUCAUUGAGACACUGCGUGAGAACUCGGAGAGACAGAUCAAAGGGCUAGAACAAGAAAAUGAGCAUUUAAACCAAACCAUUGCUUCGUUAAGACAACGCUCACAGAUUGGGGCUGAAGCUAGAAUGAAGGACAUUGAAAAAGAAAAUAAGAUUCUUCAUGAGUCCAUUAAGGAAACAAGCAGUAAAUUAAACAAGAUGGAAUUUGAAAAGAAGAAGUUGAAAAAGGAGCUUGAACACUUCAGAGAAAAAGGCGACAGAGCAGAAGAAUUAGAAAAGGAGCUCAACAGAAUAGAGAAAGAAAAUGAACAUUUACAAAAGAAAAUAACCAGUUUAAACAUUGUCUGCGAAAAGACAGAAUCCCUAGAACAAGAAAAUGUAGGUUUAGAAAUUGAAAACCGAAAGCUGAAGAAAACGUUGGAUAGCCUCAAAAACCUAAAAUAUCAGAUGGAAUCAUUAGAGAAGGAGAACAACCAACUUGAGGAGGAGAACUUGGGCCUACGGAGAAUGGUGGAGUCACUCAAAAGCACAAACAUUAAGGUGGCUCAGUUGGAGCUAGAGAACAAGGAACUUGAAAGUGAGAAGGAACAACUGAGGAAAGGUAUGGACCUUAUGAAAUCAUCUUGCAAAAAGAUUGAACAUUUAGAAGUCAGCUACCAAGGACUGGACACAGAAAACCAAAGAUUACAGAAGGCUCUGGAAAACAGCAAUAAAAAAAUUCAACAGCUCGAAAAUGAACUACAAGACCUGGAGACAGAAAACCAAACAUUGCAGAAGAACUUGGAAGAGCUAAAGAUAUCGAGUAAGAGACUGGAACAGCUAGAAAAGGAAAAUAAGCUGUUGGAGCAAGAGACCUGCCAGCUAGAAAAGGACAAAAAACAACUAGAGAAGGAAAAUAAAAGGUUACGUCAACAAGCUGAGAUUAAAGACAUCACACUGGAGGAGGACAAUGUAAAGAUCUCAAAUUUAGAGAGAGAAAAUAAGUUACUUUCCAAGGAAGCAAGUACAUUUAAAGAGUCAUGUGCUAGGCUGAAAGAACUGGAAAAAGACAAUAAGGAGCUUGUGAAAAGAGCGACCAUUGAUAAGAAAACACUAAUAACACUAAGAGAGGAUUUGGUGAACGAGAAGUUGAAGACGCAGCAAAAUAAUAAUGAACUGGAAAAACUAACCCAUGAACUGGAAAAGAUUGGACUGAAUAAGGAUCGACUGUUACAUGAUGAGCAGACAAGUGAUGAUAGCAGGUACAAGCUCUUGGAAUCAAAAAUAGAAUCAACGUUAAAGAAGUCACUUGAAAUUAAAGAAGAAAAAAUUGCUUCUCUUGAGGCUCGGUUAGGAGAGUCUGCUAAUUUUAAUCAACAGCUUCGCCAGGAAUUGAAAACUGUGAAAAAAAAUUAUGAAGCCCUCAAACAGAGGCAAGAAGAAGAGAGGUUGGCACAGAGCUCUCCUCCGAGGCCUGGGGAUGACACUGUGCCUGUGAAUAAAUGGGAGAGGGAGAGUCAGGAGACCACCAAGGAGCUGCUGAAGCUCAAGGAUCGAUUGAUAGAAAUUGAGAGAAACAAUGCUACACUGCAGGCAGAGAAGCAAGCCCUAAAAACUCAACUGAAACAACUGGAAACACAGAAUGAUAAUUUGCAAGCACAAAUCAUGGCUCUUCAGAAACAAACAAUUUCACUGCAAGAGCAGAACACAAACCUACAGACUCAGAAUGCCAAGCUUCAGGUGGAAAACUCUACAUUGAACUCACAGAGCACCUCACUUAUGAACCAAAAUUCCCAGCUCCUGCUCCAGCAGUCAAGCUUAGAAAGUGAGAAUGAAUCUCUAGUGAAAGAACGAGAAGAACUGAAAUCCAUGUAUGAUUUAUUGGUAAAGGAUCAUGAGAAAUUGGCUCAGGUUCAUGAACGCCAAGCAGCGGAAUAUGAAUCUCUUAUUUCUAAACAUGGAACCCUGAAGUCUGCUCAUAAAAACCUCGAGGUGGAACACAAAGAUCUCGAAGACAGAUACAAUCAGUUGCUCAAACAAAAAGUGCAUUUAGAAGACCUGGAAAAAGCUCUAAAAGAGGAGCAAGCCAAAAUGUUGCAGGAGAACAAGGAGCGGGAGAUGUUAUCUUCAGAUUAUCAACGACUUACCGAAGAGCAUCAGAGGCUUAAUCACACAUAUAGACAGCUAUUACGUGAAAAUGAAAGUCUUCAAAGUGACCAUAAAAACCAGAAAACCAUGUUAAACAGCGGAAAACUGGAACAGACAAGAUUAGAAGCUGAGUUCUCAAAACUAAAAGAGAAAUAUCAGAAGUCGGAUAUCACAGUCACUAAUCUGACCAACCAGUGUGAGCUCUUACGCCAAGUGAAAGGAAAUUUGGAAGAGGAGAACAGACAUUUGAUGGGCCAGAACCAAAUAUUAGCAUUACAGAACAAGACUUUACUGGAUCAGAAUAUGGAAAGCAAAGAUUUUUAUCAAGGGGAACAAAGGCAGUAUAUGGAUAAAAUUAAUGAGCUCAGACGGCAGAAAGAAAAACUGGAAGAAAAGAUCAUGGAUCAGUACAAAUUCUAUGAACCUUCUCCUCCAAGGCGGAGAGGUAAUUGGAUAACCCUAAAGAUGAGGAAGCUUAUCAAGUCUAAGAAGGAUGUAAACCGUGACCAUCUGAGAUCUCUCACUCUCCCAAAUUCUCGUUCUGAGUCUGGUGAAGGAUUCUUACAACUACCCCCACAGGAUAGCCAGGACAGCUCCUCUAUAGGCUCCAAUUCUCUGGAGGACGGGCACCCACUCGGAGCCAAAAAGAGCAGCACACUGAAAAGACUGCCCUUUAUGAGGAACAGACCGAAGGAUAAGGACAAAAUGAAGGCCCUCUACCGUCGCUCUGUGUCCAUGAAUGACCUGGUCCAGUCCAUGGUCCUGGCAGGUGGACAGUGGACAGGUAGUGCUGAAAAUCUGGAGGGUCCUGAUGAAAUUCCUACAGGGAAAAGGAGGCAAGAUUUGGGAACUAUGGCCUUCUCCACAACAGCAAUCAACUUUUCAGCAGCCAACCAGUCAACGGGAUUCAGAACCAAGCAGAUACUAAUAAGUAAAGAUGGUGCAUCCUAUGAGGAUGUCAGUGGUCAAGGUGUCAGUGAUGAUUCUUACACCACAACUUCAGCUCUAGCUCCCAGGCCAGCCAGUCUUGAUAGUGGCAGGACAUCCUAUAGUAAUAGUAAUAAUAAUGCUUCACUUCAUGAAGGGACAGGUCCAGUGACCAGUCAGAAUAGGUCUCAAAGUCACAGUAGUGGGGAUUUCUACCAGCAGCAUGAUAACGAAGUAUGGUCCAACAACAGUAGCCCAGUCCAAUAUUAUGGUAAUCGCUUGAAAAAGAGUGCAGCAUCCAGCCCCAUGCUUAGACUCAAAUCCUGUGAUGGAAUGGAAAGCUUAGCACAGUCUAAGAAGAGGCUUGGAUCACCGGGAAGUGAGAUGGUGUCUCUCAAGCAGUUUUUAGAAGAAAGCAACAAGUUGUCAGUGAGCCAGAUUCGGUCCGGCAGCCAAGAAGAUCUACUGGAUGAAGUCAUAAAAAGCUUAUCUAGCUCUGCUGAAUUAUUACAGUCCCCAUCUCGGCUUUCUCCUGCCCUAUCACUGGGCGACAGAAAGACUGCAAAACCCGAACACGUUGUGCGGUCCAGCUCUCACAAAGCUGGGGAACAUACAAGAUUUCCAUUCCCUACAGUGAUCAACGCGUCUUCAGAUGUAGACUCUGCUGUAGGUCAAGGGACUGUGAGCCAACAGCAGCAGACAAACGAUUCCAAGCAGUAUGCCACCUUACCUCGUGCAAGCAGUGUCAUUUCGACUGCUGAAGGUACCAAUCGAAGGACAAGCAUUCAUGAUUUUUUAUCCAAAGACAGUAGGUCACCUGUAUCAGUUGAUCCAUCACCUACAAGCGAAGAAGCCCCAUCAUUAUUGAAUGUGGAGGCAGCACCAGAAAUCAGACUUUCAAAAAGCAGGUCUAGGGAGCAACAAAUCCCUUAAUUUAGUGACCUUGUUCAAGUGAUAUCCCAAUUGAGCGAAAAGUGUCCUUCAGUUUGUCAUUGCGAAGUUCAUUCCUGAAGUAACAAGACCAUCCAUCAUGGAAAUUCUAGAAUCAGAGAACUUAGUUGCAAGCAUCCAGCAGUAGAGCUGGAGAUGACUGACACAUCCCUUCCUUGAAUCAAGGAGUUUUGUUGGAGUGAAAUGAAAAAAUAAAUAAAAAAUCCCACAAUUCCUAGAGGAGUAAUAAGAAAUUUCUGCACUUUGCACUGUGGUAACGUUCUACUGUCCGGCUCAGGAUGGAGCUGCGAGCACUCAUGGAAGUGAACUGUACUUGUGAAUGAACCCAAUGUCUUCUGCGCCUUGAGUCAUGCCAACGCACAAACAUUCAGCACCAAUUCCUGUUUUACUGCGGAAAGAACACGGAGCUUCUUUUUUUAUUUCUUGCGAAAUCCAAGCCUCCUGACUCCAUCACCGCUUCAUGUGAUUCUCAUUUAUUGCAUGGCAAAGCAUCUUCUGAGCAUCCUACAGUGUGGCUGAUGUGCCCUGUACACUACCGCCACAGAUGCACCCACGCUUUCAGAUACUCAGCACCUUUUUUUUUUAAGGCUGUAGCCUACCCACCUAUAUUUGGGUACUAUGCUAAUAAUAUUGUGGAACCUUUUUAAUACCGACCUCUAUAAAUGAGGGCUGCCAUACGGUGCCAUGGUUUUGGCGCACAUUGCCUGGUAGUAUGAGUAUCAAGCGCUUUUAAGUACUGCGUCAUGAGAUAGUAUUGUGUUUUUAUUCUUGUAGUUCUUUGGACUUAGUUGGUGGACAGUGUUACUGCACUGAAAACUGAGGAUGAUCAAACGGAUUAUAAUGUAUGUUUGUCUGACAACCCUUUUUCCUACUUGCAUAAUCAGUUGAACAUGAAUCGUCUGGGCAGAUAUCAGUUUUGGGGUCUUUAUUUAAAAUAUAUAUUGCCAAUGCCACAUUUUAAUCUGAUGACUUUUUGCUGUAAGCGGUUUGCCAUUGGUGGGUCCCUUGUCAGAGAAGAGGUUAAAGGUAAGCGUGAUUAGAAUUUUGGAUAUAUGUGGAGCUUUUCAGUUCCUUUUUUUUUUUUUUGGUGGCAACCAUGAACCUUCCCCUUCCUAAUUUAAACUAUUGUCUUAAUUAUUUUCUCUUGUAUUUAACUAUUAUUCUUUUAUGCAACACAUUAAUAACGUUUAACACACCUGGGAUGUUUCAGUUUUUUCUCGUUCUGUGUUAUUAAACCAUUUUCUUAUAUAUUGUAUUUGUAUGUUAUUUUGUUGGAUUAUGACUGUUUUUUGAUGUUUUGUGUUCAGUGGCAAAAUGGUUACCGAUAGCUCUCUAAGGUACAA